AUGGAGGAGGAGGAGAAGGCCAAGGAGCGGAGCAACCGGAAGGACCACUGGCUGUGCCCCGGCAUCGUGGUCAAGGUGAUGAGCAAAUCACUAGCCGAGAAGGGGCACCAUUACUACAAGCACAAGGGACUGGUGAAGAGGGUGAUAGACAGGUACGUCGGGGAGAUCGAGAUGCUGGAGAGCAAUCAUGUCGUCAGGGUCGACCAAGAUGAGCUUGAGACCGUCGUCCCGCGGAUCGGCGGGCUUGUGCGGAUCGUCAAUGGCGCCUACCGGGGAUCGAACGCGAGGUUGCUCUCGGUGGACACGGAGAAGUUUUCCGCCAAACUGCGGGUUGAGAAGGGCCUCUAUGAUGGGAGAGUUCUCGAGGCUGUCGAGUACGAGGACAUCUGCAAGAUUGCUGAUUAG